AUGGAGUCCAAGGCGGCGAGGUGCCUCUGCAUGCUGGCGAUGCUCCUGGUGGCCGGGCUCGGGGCGGCGCGCGGCGCCGGGGAGUGCGGCCGCGUCCCGGCGGACAGGAUGGCGCUCAAGCUGGCCCCGUGCGCGGCGGCCACGCAGAACCCGCGGGCCAAGGUGGCGCCCGGCUGCUGCGCGCAGAUACGCAGCAUCGGGCGCAGCCCCAAGUGCCUGUGCGCCGUCAUGCUGUCCAGCACCGCCCGCCAGGCCGGCGUCAAGCCCGCCGUCGCGAUGACCAUCCCCAAGCGCUGCGCCCUCGCCAACCGCCCCAUCGGCUACAAAUGCGGCCCAUACACCCUGCCAUGA